AUUUUCCAAAGGCAGGGGAGUGAGUUGUACACAGAAGGUAGCAACAGAUCCCCACGUAGCGAGCUGUUUUGGGUGGUGGUGGUGGGGGGGGGGAAGCAGAGAAAAAUACUCGAGUUUAAAGAAAUAUAUAUAUACACAUAUAUAUAUAUCUCGGUACCAGCGGUCGGCAGACGUCUUGAGGUCGCGCCGAAGCAGAGGGACGAUCUGUCGUGAAUUUAGAAUUGAAAAUAGUCGAGACUCUGUGGCGGUUAUUUUUUGAGGAGAGAGACCAGCGGGAGAGAGGGAGAGAGAGAGAGAGAGAGAGGAAAAAAAAGGGGAAUCAGGAGGAUAUCGGUCUAUUUACGUUGCGCGGCGGAGGCCAGAUAAGAUUACGUUGUUUUGGUCUGUAGGGGCAAAAACGAGUUUAACGGAGUCCUUCUGUCGGUUCGGUGGACCGUUCAGGCUUUGUGGAUGCACUUAGAUGUUUGCAAUGAGCACUGUGGCUGGCAUGCCCCAGUGUUUUGGAUGCCAAUGUAUAGGACUCCGUAGUUGUCGAAUUUAUCAGCAGCGAACGUCAUGAGCAUUGUGAUCCCGAUAGGGCUUGACACAACGGAGACCUCAUAUUUGGAGAUGGCUGCAGGCUCAGAACCAGAAUCUGUAGAAGCAAGCCCUGUGAUAUUGGAGAAGUCAAAUGGUUUUCCACACCAGUUAUACACCAGCAGUUCUCAUCACUCACACAGUUAUAUUGGUUUGCCUUAUGCGGAUCAUAACUAUGGUGCUCGUCCUCCACCAACGCCCCCAGCUUCUCCUCCGCCAACUGUUGUAAUAGGCAAAAACGAGGUGAGCAUAUUUACCACUGCCAAUUUUGAUGAGACCUCCAGCGCCACCACGAUCAGCACAUCUGAGGAUGGAAGCUAUGGCACAGAUGUUACUAGAUGCAUCUGUGGCUUCACCCAUGAUGAUGGGUACAUGAUCUGUUGUGACAAAUGCAGUGUCUGGCAGCAUAUAGAUUGUAUGGGGAUCGACAGGCAACACAUUCCAGAAACAUACCUGUGUGAUCGUUGUCAGCCCAGGUGUUUAGAUCGAGACAGGGCUGUGUUGCUUCAGACGAAAAAAAGGCAAAAUAUGUCAGAUGGAGACACCAGUGCAACGGAAAGUGGAGAUGAGGUGCCUAUGGAACUAUAUACUGCCUUUCAGCAGACGCCGACAACCAUCACUUUGACUGCUACCAGGGUAACAAAGGUAAAUGAGAAAAAGCGAAAGAAAAGUGGAGAGAAGGAGCAGAAUACUGCAAAAUCUAGAAAGCCUUUCCGCGAAGGAUCUCGAAAAUCUUCAAGAGUAAAGCAGAGUUCAGUAUCAGAGGUUGACCCUGUUGAUAACAGUUUUGUGUGGGAGAACAAAAUCAAAACGUGGAUGGAUCGUUAUGAGGAAGCAGAUGGUAAUCAGUACAGUGAGGACAUCCAAAACAUCCUAGAAGCACACCGUCUUGCAUUAGAGAUAGGCGAUGGAUCUGAGAAAAUGGAGGUGAUCAAUAGAUCAGACCUAAACACCAGCAAUACAGCUUUGAAAUCUCCAAUAGAAAGUCAAGUACAAAAAAAUAAAAAAAUACUGAAAGCUGCCAAAGAUUUGUCUCCAGACACUUUCAUUAUUGAAUACAGAGGAAAGUUCAUGUUGCGAGAGCAGUUUGAAGCAAAUGGACAUUUCUUCAAAAGACCAUACCCCUUUGUAUUAUUUUAUUCAAAAUUCCGUGGAUUGGAAAUGUGUGUUGAUGCAAGAACAUUUGGAAAUGAAGCACGAUUUAUCCGGCGGUCUUGUAUACCAAAUUCAGAGGUGCGCCAUGUAAUCCAAGAUGGAAUGAUUCACCUUCACAUCUACUCAACCAGAAACAUUCCAAAGGGAACUGAAAUUACUAUUGGAUUUGAUUUUGAUUAUGGAAACUGCAAAUACAGAGUUGACUGUGCUUGUUUGAGAGUAAAUCCAGACUGUCCAGUUCUCAAACAAAACUUGGAGCCAACUGAGAACAUCAGCACUGGCUAUGAGACUAGAAGGAAAAAAGGGAAGAAAGAAAAGGACAGCUUGAAAGAUAAGGAUGCUCAGAAUCAAAAUAUUUCUUCAGAUACAGAAGGAACAACUAUCAAAGCCAAGACAUUGGAAAACAAGCAAAGAAAACUGUCUCCGCUUCGGGUAUCGCUGUCUAAUAACCAGGAGCCAGAUUUAAUAGAGGAUAUAGAAGAAAAACCGCCAGUUAGCAAUGAAGUAGAGAUGGAAUCUGAGGAGCAGAUUGCAGAGAGAAAAAGAAAGAUGACCAGAGAAGAACGAAAAAUGGAAGCCAUUAUGCAAGCAUUUGCAAAGAUGGAGAAGCGAGAGAAAAGAAGAGAACAGGCUUUAGAACGAAUCAGCACAGCAAAAGAUGUCAAAAUAGAAAACAAAGAUGCACAGUCAGUUACUAUCACAGAUUCUAUUCAGGAACCAGUAAAAGAAGAAGUUGCAAACAAGCCAACUCCUGCCAGGGUAAGUCGAACAAAACCAAGGAAAAGUUUCACUCGCAAUAGAACUCACAUAGGACAGCAGCGGAGGAGGCACAGAACAAUCAGUAGCUGCUCUGAUAUUCCUCCAUCUUCUCCUGAAGUGGAUGUCUCCAGCAACCAACAGACUGACACUGAAACUUAUAUACCGGAACCGACUGUUGGGAUGUGUAAUGCUAACAUGGAAGAAGCUACAAUGGCAGAAGAAACAACAGCAGAGGCAGCACCAACAGCCAUGAUCAUCACCACAGCAGCAGAAGUAGAAUCAGCAGCAAGUCCGUUACCAGGUGCCAACAAAAUGGCCACUAAAUACCCCAAGACAAAAAAGGCUGGACAGGUGAUCUGCUCCCAGACCUCUAUCAAUGCCAUUGUUGAGCUGGCUGAUAGGAGUUUUCUCUGUGGAGACCAUCUUUCCUCCACUUGGUGGCCACCACUGAUGACAUGGCGAAGAUCAGGAACGUGCCAUGUGGGAUUUUCCAGACACAAACCCACACCAUACUGCUUGGUGGCACAACGCAUCAUGAUGCUACCAUACUGCCUGUCUGAACACUUGGCCAAUGAAUGGUUAAAUGAGAAGAAUGAGAAGGCUGGUAAACCAACAGACAACCCUUUAGAUACACCUCUGCGAAUAACAACAGACCCUGAGGUUCUAGCUACACAGUUGAACUCGUUACCUGGCCUUACACAUAGUCCUCAUAUUUAUGCAACCCCUAAGCACUAUAUUCGCUUUUGCUCUCCGUUCUUGUCAGAGAGACGGCGACGAAAAGAACCUCUAGAACCAAAAGUUGGAUCUUGUAAAAAGCGAUGGUUAAAGCAGGCCUUGGAGGAUGAGACGUCAUCAACAGUUGCUGACAAUUUUGAUUCCACAUCACAUGAAGAUUCUCUGAGCCCAGCAAUAAAUGGAGAAACUAACAGUCCAGGCAAUUUUGCACUGAGUGGGAGCUGUUGCUUAACAGAAUUAACUACUCCUUUAAAAAAGAGAAGAUUACGCCAUCUAACCGAUUCUGAUCAACCUGACCCUUCCACACCAAUCCCCUCUCCUCACACAACUCCCCCAUUUGCAGAUAUCGCUGCCUCCGAUCCUUCUAUGUUUAGCACACCAACAAAGGGAAAAACAGAGGACGAAUCUUGUAAAAAUGGCUACACACCUGUUUAUUCACCUGUGACACCCGUAACGCCCAGUCUUCAAGGAAACAACUUGCAGUUUGAGAAUAUUUCAUCACCUGAAAGUUCCCCAGAAGGUAACCGAAGAGUAAAUGCUCUUGAGACGUAUGACAGAGUACCCUCCAUUUUAGCACUGAAUUCUUUAAGAAGCUCCAACCUAACAGAAAUGGGACUAAAUGAUAUAAAGUCUAUUGGAGACGCUAGCCCAGGGAGCAGGACAGACAUGAGCCAGUGCGGCAGUGGCAUGGAUUCUGUAUCUGAGACCCAGCCCGGACUUGAGAUUAGUGAACAACAUGCCCUGCAGAAAGAUACAGAUUGCCCUAUUCUUCAUGAUCGGACUGACCUAAACAGCCAAUCAGAACCUAUUUACAAUGGAAGGGGCAUUGUUUACUCCCCGUGGAUAAAGAGCCCAGAGCAGCCCAGCUUAAACUUCUCACCCUUGAACUCUAAUCUUCGGGACCUGACGCCUUCCCACCAGUUGGAAGUAGGAGGUGGCUUCAGGGCGAGUGAAGCCAAAAUGCUUCAAGAGGAAGGCAAGCUCUCAUUUGUGGACGGAUCUGGUUAUUACUGCUCCGAGGAUGGGAUGGUGAUGAUGAAUUUCGUCAAGGGGAUGAGUGGGGACAUUAUGAAUGAAGGAAGCUGCACUCCACAAAAUCCACCACAAAAGAAAAAGGUUUCUUUACUGGAGUAUCGUAAACGACAACGGGAAGCAAGACAAAGUGGUUCUAAAUCCGAAAGCUUCUCUCCAGUUGUCAUGUCACCACAUGGUGGUGAUGGUAGUGGUAGUAAUGGUACUAUUGGUGGUUGCAUUUCUGGUGGCGUUGGCACAUCUGGAGGUAAUAACAAUGACAACGGCAACAGUAACAGCAGUGGAAAUUGUAAUCGAGAACAAGGUGAAAACAUUCCUAGCCAAGCAUCAUCUUUAUUAACUACAGUGGAGCCUGCCAGUCCUGUUGAAACUGACAGCCAAUCUCCAGUUAAACAAGCACCUUCAACUGAAAAGAAAUUAGAUGAUGCAGAUGUUCAGUGGACUGCGUCAACGUCAGUAGAGAAAGCGAGAGAAAGAAGCUACCAGAGGGCUCUACUUUUAAGUGACCAUAGAAAGGAAAAGGAAGGUGGAAUGACUUCACCUACCCAUAGCCCAACAUCAACACAUUGGCCACAGUCUCAUGUCCAAACUCCACCUUCAUCUCACUCAAAACCCAUUCCACGUCUCCAGUUGAAGAUCCCAACUCUCUCUCCUAGAGAACCUCAUCUAGAAAAUCCAGAUUCCGAAAACCUAGAGCAAACUGCUGGAAAGGAGUGUCAAUCUCCAGUCAGUUCUCAAAAGCAGAACAUAAGCGCUCCAAAGUUAAACAAGACAGCAAAUCAGCCUUGUCCAUCACCACCUGCAUUUGCUUCCCAGCCCCAGACCAAAUCGCAGGCAAAAUCUCAGAGCCCACUUGAGUCUCAUCCUCCACAGUUAGAGAGUGUAAGUAAUAUAGCUGAGAGCUCUCUUCUGAAUCCACCCAAACCUGAAGCACAGCAGAAAAUUAAUUUACAGUUAGAUUCCCAACCAAUAUCAAAAUCCAAAUUGAAUUGCCAGUCUGGGACUCAUUAUUCACAGCAUCCAUGUUUGUCACAGUCACAAAAUGCCCUUCCAUCAGUAAAACCAUCGAAUCAGCCAAUGCAGAUUCCAUUGAAGACUCAAUGUACUGCACUCCCACUACAUGCUGAACAUCCUCCCAGUUCUUCAAACGCUCUCACACCCGGACAACCAAACUAUCUUCCAUCGACCUCCCAAUCACAAGCUCAGGCGACACAUUUGCAUUCACCAAAGCCUCUAUCACAGCACCUGGGUUCACCGUACAGGACCGUUCAUUCGCCAUCAACUCAAGUGGGAACCGCACAAAGCACGACACACAGAGGACCCUUUUUAACUCCUGUUGCUGUGGGGCAAGCAUAUUAUCAGACAACAUUGCCUGCAACUCUAGUGCAGCAGCAAGGUGGACCUUUUUACCCUCAGUCCUCAGCGACGUCAGGCCAUCAGCCUAGUCUGAUUCCGUUCAACCAGCAACAUCCGAAUGGCAAUGCCCCACCACCUCCUCCUCCACCGCCUCCUCCGCCACCACCUCCUCCACUUGCUUACUAUCAGAGCCAGCAAACUUCCGGGAACUUUCAAAGUUUCAGUCAGUCCAGAGCAAACCUUUCCCAACAGGGAACCUUCUCUCCAGGACCCAAUCCAAACCAGACCUUGUCUGGACCUGGUUUGCUUCAGCCGACUGGUUCAGGGCCCAUCAUCCAUCCAGGACCCCCACAUCCUCAGUCUUCAGGUUCUGCUUUGUUGCCAACUCCUGGCCCACCGUCAUCACCGGGAGCCGUGGCCACUGGACAUCACGUUUCCCCCACAGGGCAAUAUCUGCCAUCUCCAAGCUCAGGCAUGCAUCACCCUUCCACAUCUUCAGCCCAUCCUCCCCCUCCACCACCGCCCCCACCACCCCCACCCCCAGUAUCUCAGACCCUCGGGUCAGGCCCACACCUCCUCCCUCCCCCAGGCUCACAUCACCCUCCACCUCAAGGGCAAGUCGCCUCCCAGCCACCGUUGUCGCACCUCCCCAAUCAAGUUCAUCCAGUUUCACAAACCCAGGGGCCACAUCCAAUCGCUCAGUCUUCGGGUCAUCAUCCACCCCCACCUCCUCCACCCGGGCCAGCUCCUCUGCACCCUCCUCCGCCUCCCGCAACAGGGCACCAAUCUCUUCCGGCCUCUGCAGUCACAGCAUCACAUCAACUUGCACUUAACUCAGCACCUCCACCGCCUCCCCCACCACCACCACCACCUCCAGCUCCGAGUGUUCUUGGGCCAGGAUCUCAUCACCCGGCUCCUCAAGGACCCCAUCACCCGGCUCCUCAAGGACCCCAUCACCUGCCUCCAGGGGCUCACCAGACUUUGGGUCACCAUCCUGCACAUCAUCCUCCUCUAGGACCUCAGCUUCCACCUGCAGGAUCAGGAUGUCACCACUCCCUUCCAGCGCCAGGCUCUCACCUCCAGUCUCCAGGAACAAGCAGUAAUCCUCCACUUCCAGGCCCAGGCUUCCACCCACCCCCUCCUAACGCAGUCCCACAUCCACUCGCAGGUCACGGACUCAAACAGAGCCCUGCGUUACCCCCACAGAUAGCUGUUCCCAGACCGCAAAUGCCACCCCCUUUCCAACAAAACAAUUUUCACAGCUCAGGAUGGCACUAAAAUUGGGCUGAGCUGACCCAGACAUUAUUGUGUAAAGUAAGCUGUAAAUAUUUUAUGUACUGUACCUUUUAAAGGUACUUCUUAAAACUUAUAAGUCAGACAUUGUAAUAAACUAAUCACCAGUGCUCAUCUUUGUUUGUCUUUCACACAACAGUUUUUUGAUUCUUAAAGACAAUUUUAGUCCUGUUGGAACUGUACAUAUGUGUUUGUGAAACCAGUGGGCGGAUUUUUUUUUAAGAGUUUCAUUUUGUAAGUAGACAUUCCAGCCAUCCUUACUGACAUUGUAGUGUGUUGGUUGGCUCAAAACUGUAAUUUAGUACUUUAUUGUUGCAUUUAAAAAUGCAGUUACUGAAUGUUUUGUAUAAAUUUUUUAAAAUUCAAUUCAAGUACGUUAUACUGUACUUAACUGCACUUCUAAAGUAGUGUUGGCACUCAUGCAAUUUGCUUUGGUUUCUUUCGUUUCAUUCUUUUUCUGCCAGCAAAACCUUUUCUUUUCCCCUUGUGUACCAUUAAACGAUAGCAGGACAAUGCACUAUAGGUUUUGAAACAGUCGUGACUUGGAAGGAACAAUUGUUCUUUUCCUUAACUUUAUUUGCUAUUCGUAGGAAAGUAAUUUAAUGUAUAGAUUGGUUUCUGAUUUACUCUGGCAGAGAUUCUGUAAAUAAUUGUGCAUUUACUUUUCCCUGUGCUUGUAAAAUUUGCCAACGCUUCCAUCCCAUUUUGGAAUACUGUUGUACAUUCAAAUCCCUUCGCAAACAAAAAUGUGUCUGUCUUUGUGAGCUUAGUAUAAGAAUUUUAAUUUUUUUAAGAUACUGUCACAUUUCAGCACUGGUUGGGCAUUUUAAUCCAUGUUAAUAAAUCACAGUAAAUUGCAUUUUUUUUACAAAUUAUAAA